GUCGAUCAUUCUUCCGGCUUCAAGCCCUUGCAUUCACUCUGUCUGCUUUUUCUGCCUGUUUUGCCAUUUUCUGUAGCGCUGCACAUUCCUCGCGAUGGAGGCCAUUCGCUCAUUCGCCAGCUGCCUCUGGGAGUCGGCCACCUUCUGGAAAACAACCGCCCUGGUCCUGGCCUUGCUGAACCUGAAGACGUUGCCCCUGGUGUGGCAUAUCCGCGUCUACCGCUACUUCUUCAAAUAUGGCUACCUGAUCACCCCGGCCGUCGAACAGCCCGCCCGCCCGAGCACGGAGAUCCUCGCCCCGCUCAGCAUCUACUCGCGGGCGCCCGUGAUGGAGAUCGACUUCAACAUGCACAAGUCCAACUCGACCUACUUCUCGGACCUGGACGUGUCGCGCACGGCGCUGAUGUCCAGCAUCGUGGUCAAGGGGGCCGCCCUGCUGGAGAAGCGGCUGGAGCAGCAGGGCAAGAAGGGGUUCCUGGGGUUCAUUCUGGGCAGUGUGUACACCAACUUCAAGCGCGAGAUCCCCGCCUACACCAAGUACGAGGUCAAGUCCCACAUCGCCAGCUUCGACCAGAAGUGGAUCUACAUCGUGACCUAUUUCCUGAAGCCCAGCACCAAGAAGACCGUCGAGGAGGAUCCUGAGAAGCUGCUGAAGCGUCUCUAUGCCGUCUCCAUCAGCAAGUACGUGCUCAAGAAGGGCCGCUAUACCGUCCCGCCCAAGGAUGCGUUCGAGGCGGCCGGGUACACGCCGUUCUUUGCUGCUGCUGCGGCGGCGGCGGAGUCGGACACCAACGGCCAUGCGACGGGCGCGCAAAACGGCCAUGCCAAUGGCGCGGCGGUGCAGCGCAAGGAGGGUCCGGCGGGAGACUCGGAGGAGUGGGAGCGGUUGAAGACGGAGAUCGAUCGCGGAUUGACGGUCAUUCAGCCGAUCGUCGACCAAGAAGAGAAGCUGUUGGAGGAUUAUGUGCAGAAGAUGAGCCGUUCUGGGUUCGCCUAGGGUUUACGGGGAUAGAGUUGAAAGUCAGAUUCGAACAUGGGGUGCAUAUUAGCCAGCAUAUAGACUAGAUUGUUGCUCAGCAUAUGAUAGAUUUAGAUUAGAUGGAAUGUAUGAUUCUCGAAC